AUGAGCAAACAUGAAUGUAGUACACAUAUGAAAGACUUUUUAGGCGAGUUGCCUAAAUGUGAACAUCAUGUUCAUCUAGAGGGUACUUUAGAGCCAUCUCUUUUGUUCAAGUUGGCUAAAAGAAACCAAAUAAAAUUACCCGAUUCAUUUCCUUCCAGCGUGGAAGAGUGUCUAGAUAGAUAUAACUCAUUUAAAGAUUUGGAUGACUUUUUGGAUCACUACUAUGUUGGAAUGUCUGUAUUGAUCCAUGAGAAUGAUUUCUACGAUUUGGCUAUGGAAUAUUUCGGCAGGGCAAAUUCAGACGGCUGCCAACACUCUGAGGUAUUCUUUGAUCCCCAAGGUCAUGUUGAAAGAGGAGUCUCCAUUGAUUUAGUGGUAUCAGGCUUCGAUAAGGCAUGUAAGGAUGCCACGAAAAAAUUCGGAACCUCCAACAAAUUGAUAAUGUGCUUAUUGAGGCAUUUACCACCUGAUUCUGGCAUGGAGACGAUUCAAAGUGCUUCGAAGUAUUACCAAGAUGGUAAGAUCCACGGAUUGGGGUUGGAUUCGUCUGAAAAACCAUUCCCACCAGAAUUGUUUUCAGAGUGUUACAAAACCUUAAGGGAGCAAUUUCCUGAAGUUGGACUCACCGCUCAUGCAGGGGAAGAGGGAGACCAUACAUAUGUUUCAAAUUCCUUGGACUUGUUGAACGUCACAAGAAUUGACCAUGGUGUAAACUCGAAAGAUAGCGAAGAUUUGUUAAAAAGAUUGGCGGACCAACAGAUUAUGUUGUCACUUUGUCCCUUGUCUAAUGUGAAACUUCAAGUUGUUAAGGACGUUUCAGAGCUUCCCAUUGAUUUGUACUUGGAGAAAAAUGUUCCCUUUUCAUUGAACUCAGAUGAUCCUGCUUAUUUUGGCGGAUAUAUUUUACAUAACUAUCUUAUUGUUCACUCGAGGUUUGGAUUUACUCUUGAUCAAUGGAGAAAAAUAUCCUUGAAUGGUAUUAAUGGAUCCUGGUGUGAUGAACAAAGGAAGCAAGAGAUGAGAAAUAAUCUCGAAAAUGUGUGUAAUAAAUACAGAAACUUAAUAGACUAA